AUGAACACCAUGGUCGUCGGGCAGGAGGUGGAGGUCAGCUUGCUGCAAAGGAGGGAGAGGAAAAGGGAGGGAAAAGAGAGAGAAGUUGAAAAGUUUUACUCGUAUUUACUUUUUGGGGGGUCGAGAAAAUGGGGGGGUUCAUCAUGGGCCCGACCGAUUCAGAUUAGGAAAUCUAUUCCUUAUUUCACGUUUUGAUUUAAGCACUUUUUCGUAGUGGUAUUCAGACUUUACUUAUGCAGGUGCUAACAGGCUUGGCAGGUGUAGCAAAUUCGCACCAAUGAAUAAAUGAAUUUAAAUAUAUUUUUAAAUUUAAACGUAUAACUAGGCAAGGUAGUAAGAACCAAUUCUUGUUUACAAUGUUCCCUCCCUCCAACAAAGGCCAAACCCGGACGACGCGGGGGGCAAUUGUGCGCCGCCCUAUGGGACUCCCGGCCGGUUGUGAUACAGCCUGGAAUCGAACCAGGGGUCUGUAGUGACGCCAUCAAGCACGGAGAUGCAGUGCCUUAGACCGCUGCGCCACUCGGGAGCCCAAUCUAUACUCUGAUCUUGUAUAUUAUUAGAGUUAGAAAAAGUAUUAAUGAUUUUUUUUUCUUCGAUUUGGAGAACCUUUACGCUGUCAUGACUCUCCCUGGGUGAGGAUCAAAGGCGUCAUAUCAGCUUGGCAAAUGGCCGACAAACAACCAGACCCUCUUACCCACAGGGGUCUUGACACGUUAAUACUGACCAUAAAUUAGAGAGAGAAUCUCUAUCUCUGGCAUUCUAGUAUGGUGAAAGAAUGCCUUUUUUCAGAGGACUUUUUACCGCCCAAAAAAACUUUAACAUACAACAAUGAAACAUUGCGGACAAUAGAUUUCAACAUACAAAACAUUGGGGAAUGAUGAGAAGAAAUGGAAUAUGGAAAAUAAUGUAAUUUUGUGAUGGUAAAAAAAAUGGUUAUAAAGGCGUUUAUAACGAAAACAUUGUGACUUGAAGAGCUUUUACACUGUGUAUAUCAGGUUUACAUCUUUUACCUGUUGUAGAAAAAUAUCAAGGAGGAAGGAAGACAAUGUUUUCAGGAGAUAGAAGUUAUAGGAAUGUGAUUUGAGCUUUCUAACGAACAUCAGAGUGAUAAUAUAAUUUUGCCUCGAAUAAGCCACACCCGAGGAGCUCAGAAGAGCGUGUCAGUAAGCAGAAAAGCCCCUUCUUACCAGAGUACAUAAAUAUUGAAGAUAAGAAUUGAUAAGGAUAAGAGAGACGGACCUCAAGCUUGCCUAGCUUUGUUCCCUCUGACGCAUUUGUUUACCCCCUUGUUGCUACUUUGUCCCAUUUUAACACGUGGUUGGGGUGAAGAGACAAAGUGCCUCCACUAAACAAUAAAUGUUACGGCUGAGUAGCUGUUCUAAGUACUGAUCUAAGAAGGUGAAUAAGGUGGGACCAUCACUGUUACUCUCUUCCAAGCCAUGUCUAUACACUGCUCUCAGCACACAACAGGGUAUUCAUCGACACCGCUGAUUGCCGUCCUCAGAAGCACUUCCAGGAAGAGUGACAGUAGUAAAACAGACAACAAGAAGAAGACAUUGGACCUCUUGUGGACAAUCUGAGCCUACAUCUAAAAGGCACCCGAAAAGAGAAAGCCCAAUCGACCCCCUUUCCCACGAAGGCCUGGGUCCAACAGAGAUACACAACGAAGAACUCAAACACGGAAAACAUGCGUUGCUUUUCUUCCCAAACGGGCGGCAGUUACGGGCAAAGUAUUAGGAUUAAGGUGGAGCAGGAGGGACUUUUCUUUUUUUGCUAACGGGGGAGAAAAAGGGGUGGGAGAAGCUUACGAUGCGACGCUAACAAGACUUACCGUGGACAAUCAAGACUUGAGAAAGUUACCUAAGUUCUCCUAAACUUUCUAGUAGGGGAGGGGUAAAAGGAGGAAUAUUGUCGUGCUAAUAUGCUAGGACCCGUUUCAGUGUUAUUAGUUCUUCAAUACCUACCUAUAACGUGUAACGUGUUUGUUACUCGUGUUCAUCCCCCUCCCAUUUUUAAUUCGUUUAGUAAAUAAUAAUUAAAUCAAUUUGGUGGGGACUACCUCCCUUCCUUACCUUCCUUUGGGCCGAAGGUAGGUAUCAUUUUCUCUCCUCCUCCCAAAGCGGAAUGGUUAAUGCGCAUACUGAUAAGUUAUAGAAGGGUUCGGGGAAAACGGGAUGAAAAUAAACUCUAUAAGAAGCCUAUGACUUUCAGGAAAUGAGACACCCCACUCAAUCCCCCUAAUGUCCCCGCCCCCUCUCGUUCGUUUUUUUUCGCCCCCCAUCCCUUCCUAGCUCCCCCUUCCACUCUUACUCUACCUUCUUUCUCUUUCAUUCGCAUAGCCGUCUCAUUUGUCCUCCUCUCGUUUCCCAUGCUUUCACCUCGGCGCUCCUUCGUUUUUUUCUUCCAGCGCUUUUAUUUUUCUUCCCUUCUUCUGCUUCAUACUCCCUUUCCUACUCUCUCCGACUCUUCUUCCUCUCUCUCCUUUACCGGCGUCCUCACCCCACUUGGCCCCUAUUUGCUUCUUUCUUUCUUUCUUAUAGCCAUCUUCACCUCCCUGGUCCAACUCCCUGUAAUCCUUUCUCCGACCUUUUUUCCCAUAUCCUUCGCUCCGACCUCCCCCUCUCCGUAUCCCUGUUGUGGUUGGUUACCCCUACCUUUCCUCAUUUCUCCCCCCUUUUCCCCCGUCUCUCCCGUACGCUUUUCCAUUAUGUUUUCCGUAACGUCCCUUCUGUCCCCUGCCGGGAUGUCAUUAGGGAGGAGUGAGACAGGAGACUGAUUGUGGAAAGGCUAGGAAGUAAAGGGAAAAGGACAGUGAGAAAUUGAGAAGAGAUAGCGAGAGAGCGGUGAGACGUUUAAGUAGGGAAACAAGGGGGUCUUUGGUUUUUUAUACUCAUUAAAAAACUUUUCCCGUGUUGGUUUGCCCCAACAUUUCACAAUGCAGUUACGUCUGGUACCUACUGCUUUCUUUACACAUCCGAGCGUCAGUUCUUAGGACCUUCCCCAUCUGUUUCCCAUGCGUAUUAGAGCUAGUGACUAACAUAAUCAUGUAAUAAUCAAUAAUGAUCAGUUUGGCAAUUAGUCACGACACACCCAAAGCAUUAAAUAUCUUGGGAAUAAAAAAUCCAACUGUCGAGCCGCCCCGGCUUUGGAUGGCCCUGCUUCUCCCCUAACACGUCCCUUCUUUUUAGCCGUGCUUUAGGUGAUGUACCGCGGGUCCCUCUGUCAUUACGCUUGUGACCCGGAGGAGGGCCCCGGUUAAAACGCCCUCCCAACCCUCUUGUUGGACAUUAUUACGUAGUCCGAGGACAUAGGGCAAGACUCGGCGCGGGUCUGUCUUAGAAGAUUGACUCCCCUAGCUUCCUCAGGCCACCUAUUACCUUCUACUUCCUAAAUCCGCUAUUGCUCGUCUCCGCCUUUCCUCCUGCUCCCCAUCUACGCUCGUGAGACGACGGUGGGAACCCUGUUGUGGUAGAAAUGGCCGCGAGUGGUCUCCAAAAGCGUAGGGGUUGGGGACAUAAGGAGGGGGGGGGGUGCCGGGACCUAGGGAUAGGGCCGGGAAGGGACCCUGAAGCGCACGAGAGCGUAUGGUAUAAAGUAUGGACAAAAUCCUGUUUACAGUCGUUUGGUGAGUUUCCACUAAUGGUCUGGGACCAAGGGCUAAACCUGGUGUGUAAUACAUAGGUUGCCAGGGAAUUAUGGUCUGUCAUGUUGUACCUUCCUUUCACUCAAUGAGGACAAAAUAGGUGGGUUUUACAUGUUCAAAUUAUUGCAAACACAAUUGUUAUAAGUUAUAGCCUUAAUAUGAUCCACUUUGAAGCGAUCCUCAGGAACAACCAUAACCACACUAACAAUUAAGUUGAGUUACGAGGAUAUAGCUCUCAUAAUCAGGCGUGGUCCGGAUAAUUUAUCCCCUCCCCCAUUGUCUACUUCUCCUCGCCCCGCAUUUUUCAACUUCCGUCUCCCCCCCCUCUCUUAUCUCGUCCCUACAUUCCUUGUCCCACCUUACAGCCUCCUCUGCCUCUGCAUCUCGUGCCUUCCUUCCUUCUACCCUUCAUUGCCGUCCCCGGGCUACUCCCUCUGCCUCGCUCCUCGGUCUCGCCGAUUCUCCACUUCUUUAUCGUCCCUUUAAUUCUUUUUUGAUCUCCUCUUCCCUUGCCUCUCUUUUUCUACCCUCACUCGUGCUCACUUCUUUUUUUCUCCGUGUCGCUGCAUUUGCCUUUCACCAAGUAUUCACCAACUCCACACUUUCUUUUGACAUUCUUUUUUUUCCCUUGUCUUCGCUUACCCCCCCUUUAUUUAUCACCUAUUCCUCCUUCGUUUAGUUCCUUUUCUUCUACUAACUUUUCUUUCCCCCCUUCUUCUCUAUUGCUUCCUUAUCCCUUAUUUAAAACUUAUGGUCUUUUUUUUCUGUUUUGCUUUUUUCACGGCCGACUCGUCCGCACACCUCUCAACCAACCCGCGCUUCCUUUCCAACCUCCCACUCCCUCAACUUAUCUCUCCCCCUUCCCUUUUUUUUUUAUUCCUGUUUCCCUCCUUUUUGCUCCUAUGGAAUUACAUUAAUCUAAGGCCCAAUCCUUAUCUGAGAUACAUGUUAUAUAGCCAACUCUAUGUCAUGCUGUCAGUACUAUAGCUCGAGGACUUAUAGGAGCCACAGUGCUAACCUGUAUUAAGGUGAAGAGAUGUCAUGCUGUUGCUGUUGUGUCUAAAUGAGUGUAACUGAAAGCGUUUCCUUAAUUCACAUGCUCUUCUACCAUUGCAUGAACUCUAUCUAACCGAUAGCCUUGUCAUUGAACUCUAUCUAACCGAUAGCCUUGUCAUUGAUCUCUAUCUAACCGAUAGCCUUGUCAUUGAUCUCUAUCUAACCGAUAGCCUUGUCAUUAAACUCUAUCUAACUGAUAGCCUUGUCAUUAAACUCUAUCUAACCGAUAGCCUUGUCAUUGAUCUCUAUCUAACCGAUAGCCUUGUCAUUAAACUCUAUCUAACUGAUAGCCUUGUCAUUAAACUCUAUCUAACCGAUAGCCUUGUCAUUGAUCUCUAUCUAACCGAUAGCCUUGUCAUUGAACUCUAUCUAACCGAUAGCCUUGUCAUUGAACUCUAUCUAACCGAUAGCCUUGUCAUUUAACUAUAUUUAACCGAUAGCCUUGUCAUUGAACUAUAUUUAACCGAUAGCCUUGUCAUUGAACUAUAUUUAACCGAUAGCCUUGUCAUUGAACUAUAUUUAACUGAUAGCCUUGUCAUUGAACUAUAUUUAACCGAUAGCCUUGUCGUUGAACUAUAUUUAACUGAUAGCCUUGUCAUUGAACUAUAUUUAACCGAUAGCCUUGUCGUUGAACUAUAUUUAACUGAUAUCCUUGUCAUUGAACUCUAUCUAACCGAUAGCCUUGUCAUUGACUCUAUCUAACCGAUAGCCUUGUCAUUGAACUCUAUCUAACCGAUAGCCUUGUCAUUGAACUCUAUCUAACCGAUAGCCUUGUCAUUGAACUCUAUCUAACCGAUAGCCUUGUCAUUGAACUCUAUCUAACCGAUAGCCUUGUCAUUAAACUCUAUCUAACCGAUAGCCUUGUCAUAACUUCACCCCAGGUAAGAGAGGGACUCUUUAGGCCUCAGACCCUGUCUGUCUGUUUCCAUGCUUCCUGUGUCUUAUCGUUCUACUCUUUGAGUGUGUGUGUGUGUGUGUGUGUGUGUGUGUGUUCACAUAGUGGCCGUGUCCAAAUACCCAAACUUGCGUCCUAAAUAGUAGGUCAUUUGAGUAUGCGAAAAUAUUAAGUUUAAUAGUAUGCAACAUUUCGAAAAUCUAGUAUACUUUAAAUGCCCGGAUGUCAUAUUCAUGUCAGCUUUGACAAUAGCUGAUCAAUUAGAUAUGUGCCACAGAAAUCAACGAAUAGCAGGAAACAACUCAAUCACGCAUGACGCAUUCUCAGUAUGCGAAAAUAGAACGUUUAAUAGUAUGCAACAUUUUGAAAAUCGAGUAUGGUUUAAAUGCCAGGAUGUUAUACUAAUUUUGGCUCUUCAUCUUGUAGAAUUCUCGGCACACUUUUCCAACAAUGCAUUGGAAGAGGAGGGCUGCGAUUAAUAGGCCCUAGUUCUCUUUAAGUAGCCAGAUAACCACACUAGGCUACUUAAUUGGGAAGAUGCCCGAAGCUUCUGCGGUGGUGUUCAAAUGUAGGCUAAGUAGUUUUUAUUCUCAGAAAAUUAUCACGAGCAUUGCAUCGUAGGCUACAUCUUUGAAAACAUAAGUAUUUAUUUUUUUACCCAAAGUGGAUUUCUGUUUUCUCACUGAAAAGUGUUUAUGGUUCUCUUGGCCUUCAUCAGAGCUUUUAAACGAAAUAUAACCAUAUUUUGAUUCCCUGAAGAAAAAACUCUAGACUACUUUACUCCACACACAGAGACGCAUACAAAGCUCUCCUUCGACCUCCUUUUGGCAAAAAUUCUAUCCUCCUGAUUCCUGCUUACAAGCAAAAACUAAAGUACCAGUGACUCGCUCAAUACAGAAGUGGUCAGGUGACACAGAUGCUACGCUACAGGACUGUUUUGCUAGCACAGACUGGAAUAUGUUCUGUGAUUCAACCAAUGGCAUUGAGGAGUAUACCAUCUCAGUCACCGGCUUCAUCAAUAAGUGCAUUGACGACGUCGUCCCCACAGUGACUGUAUGUACAUCACCAGAAGCCAUGGAUUACAGGCAACAUCCGCACCGAGCUAAAGGCUAGAGCUGCCGCUUUCAAGGAGCGGGUCACUAAUCCGGAUGCUUAUAAGAAAUCCCGCUAUGCCCUCAGACAAACCAUCAAACUGUCACACCCUGAUCUGUUUCACCUGUUUUUGUGAUUGUCACCACCCCGUCCAGGUGUCGCCCAUCUUCCCCAUUAUCCCCAGUGUAUUUAUACCUGUUUUCUCUAUUUGUCUGUUGCCAGUUCGUUUUGUUUUGUGAAUCCUACCAGCAUUUUCUAGUUUUCCCGGUUUUGACCAUUCUGCCUGCCCUGACCCUGAGCCUGCCUGCCGUUCUGUACCUUGUUACACCAUUCUGGAUUAUUGACCUCUGCCUGCCCUGAACCUGAGACUGCCUGCCGUUCUGUACCUUUUGGACUCUGAUCUUGAUUACUGACCUCUGCCUGCCCUUGACCUGUCGCUUGCCUGCACCCUGUUUUUGUAAUAAACUUGUGUUACUUCAACACUGUCUGCAUCUGGGUCUUCUCCUGAAACGUGAUACAAACAGGCAAAGUGUCAAUACAGGACUAAGAUUGAAUCCUACUACACCGGCUCUGACGCUCGUCGGAUGUUGUCACGCCCUGGCGUAUAGAACUCUAGCUAGUUUGGUCAGGGUGUGAAUAUAUUCUAGGUUUUGUAUUUCUAUGUUUGGCCGGGUGUGGUUCCCAAUCAGAGGCAGCUGUCGCUCGUUGUCUCUGAUUGGGGAUCAUACUUCAGUCAGUUUUCCUGCCUGCGUUGUGAGAUUUUGUUAUGUUCAUGUUUAGGCUUGUGUGUUAGCCUUUGGACCGUCACGGUUAAGUUUGUUGUUUUGGUUACUGUUUCGUGUGUUUAUUAGUUAAUAAACAUGUUCGCCGUUCACGCUGCACCUUGGUCCGUCCCGUUCCUUAACGUACGUGACUGAUGUGGCAGGGCUAGCAAACUAUUACGGACUGCAAAGGGAAACCCAGCCGCGAGCUGCCCAGUGACCUGACCCUACCAGGCAAGCUAAAUGCCUCUCCCUGACCGAGUCUGUAAUACCCACAUGUUUCAAGCAGACCACCAUAAUCCCUGUGCCCAAGAAUGCGAAGGUAACCUGCCUAAAUGACUACCGCCCCGUAGCACUCACGUCGGUAGCCAUGAAGUGCUUUGAAAGGCUGGUCAUGGCUCACAUCAACACCAUCAUCCCGGAAAUCUUAGACCCACUCCAAUUCGCAUACCGCCCCAACAGAUCCACAGAUGACGCAAUCUCAAUCGCACUCCACACUGCCCUCUCCCACCUGGACAAAAGGAACACCUAUGUGAGAAUGCUGUUCAUUGACUACAGCUCAGCGUUCAACACCAUAGUGCUCACAAAGCUCAUCACUAAGCUAAGGACCCUGGGACUAAACACCUCCCUCUGCAGCUGGAUCCUGGAUUUCCUGACCGGCCGCCGCCCAGGUGGUAAGUGCAGGCAACAACACAUCUGCCACGCUGAUCCUCAACACCGGGGCCCUUCAGGGGUGCGUGAUUAGUGCCCUCCUGUACUCCCUGUUCACCCACGACUGCGUGGCCAAGCACGACUCAUAGACUGUUCUUUCUGCUACCGCACGGCAAGCGGUACUGGAGCGCCAAGUCUAGGUCCAAAAGGCUCCUUAACAGCUUCUAUCCCCAAGCUAUAAGACCGCUGCUACUAGCUGUUUAUUAUCUAUGCAUAGUCACUUUACCCCAAUCUACAUGUACAAACUACCUCGACUAACCUGUACCCCCGACACAUUGACUCGGUACAUUUAUAUAGUGUUACUAUUUUUUGCUUGAGUUUAUUUAGUAAAUAUUUUCUUAACUCUAUUAUUUCAACUUUGUUGUUGGUUAAGGGCUUGUAAGUAAGCAUUUCACGGUAAGGUCUACUACACCUGUUGUAUUCGGUGCAUGUGACAAAUACACAUUUAUUUUAUUUGGUAAUAUGACAUUUGAAAUGUCUCUAUUCCUUUGAAACUUUUGUGAGUGUAAUGUUUACUGUUAGUUUUUGAUUGUUUAUUUCACUUUUGUUUAUUAUCUAUUUCACUUGAUUUGGCAAUGUAAACAUAUGUUUCCCAUGCCAAUAAAGCCCUUUGAAUUGAAUUGAGAGAGAGAGAGAGGGAGGAAGAGAGAGUGGGUGUGUUUACAUUAAUUACAGUAUAUGUGUGUAAAUUAAGAUGUUUCAGACAUGCUUUUGCUGCCACGUAGCUAGAAAAAUCAACACCAAUACAUUUGUGUUUACAAAUAACUGUUUUAACCAUUUACUCUUGAGGAAUGCGUUCAAACCUCUUUGAUGAUCUUCCUUUGAAGACCCACCCCCCCGCCCCGCACACACAUUCCUAUCUAAAUAUAAUCCAAAUCUGUGGAAAAGACUAGUUCCAGCGGUCAUUGGAGAAUUCACUCAACAAUCAUCAUCUGUGUUUUAGCCUGCAGUCACACUGCCACUGCAGCCGUCCCAUGAAAACUUCAACCCCCAGUAUGCCUCCACACCCUGAACACACACAGGGUAGUCAUGGGAGUUGUAGUUCUUUGUAGAGAGGAGCGGCUCUCUUUAACUGCUCUCUAAACUCCGGACAGAAGUUGCCCGUAGGCAUAGAUCUAGGAUCAGCUUACUGUCUCCAAAUCCUUACCUUAAAGACAUAAUCCCCUGCUAUAUCUGGAUUGAUUAAUCUUUUUAAUUAUUCAAAAGUAGUUAAUGGAUUAGGGCUUGCUACAAUAUGGCAUGUUAACAAAUUUGCUAUUUUUCACAUAUUAAUUGGGAUUCAUUUACCAGUGAGGCUUAUUCUAAACACCUUUGUGCUGCAUUCUGGCUCUGGGCAGAGUUUACCCAUAGGCAGAUAUCUACACUGUAGGAUCAGUUUACCCUACCCAAAUCCUAACCAUAAUCCUAACCAAAUCAGAACCCCAGAAAACCCCUUCAUCCUCAAUGCUUGGUUGUGUUCAGAAGGUCUGAAACGGGAGAAAACGUUGUGAAACUGAGGAAUUACAGGGGUCCCGUUCAGUGAGAACAAACAACAACAAUGUGUUGAACUGUUUUGAAGUGGAGAAGGUGCUCUACUGAACGCGACCCUGACCUCCUAGAGGAAAGCUGAUGUUGUGCUUCCUGUUUGGCAGCGUUCUGUCCCGUGUUCAGUCCUGUGUGCCUGCCUGUGUCUAUAGAACUUUAAGGUGUGCUCCCCCUACUGCAGGAGUCAGGCUCCAUCUUCCUCCAGUUCAGCUCAUCCACCACCCUCCAGCUGGAGGUCAUCUUCAAAAUACUAGAGGAGUACGACUGGACCACCUUCUCAGUGGUGUCCACCCGUCACCACGGCUACCAGGACUUCCUGUCGGUUGGUGGACGGCCUGACGGACGGCUCGUUCAUCGGCUGGGAGAAGAAGAGCGUGGUCAUGCUGAACGUGACGGACGACCUGGGAGGGGCGCGCACGCUCAGGCUGCUCAAGGAGAACGAGGCACAGGUGAGACAGGGGGGAGGGAGGGGGAGAGGGGAGGGGGAGAAAAGGGGGAGGAAGUGUUACUGAGUGGCCGUGAGUCUCCGUGUGGCUGGCUGGCCGGGCUGGCUGGGUUCCUCCUCCUUCUUACUCUCUCCCUCUGUCCCUGUGGCUCUCUCUCCUCUCUCUCCUCUAUCCCUCUGUUCUUCUCAUCACUCCCACCCUUCAUGACUAGCCUGUGCCCUUUCUUUCGCUCUCCCUUGCUCGCUCCUUCCUUCUACUUUCCUUUCACUUAAAAAAUCUCUCUCUCAAGCUGAAUGCCUCCAUCCUUCUCCUUCUCCAUGGAUCCCUGACUUGCUACCUCCUCCCUAUUCCUCAUAUCUCCCCUCUUUCUCCCUCCCUGUCAAUUCCUUUCUUUCUGUAAUAUGAUAGCUCACUCUUUAACCCUCUCCCUCUCUUUCUUAUUCCCUCUCUCCCUCCGUCCUUCCCUCCCUGCACAUCCUUGCCCAGAGACAGAACCUCUGUCCUGUGGCUUGUGUUGGGCUCGUUUUGUGUCCUCUCCUUCCAUCUCUCCCUCACUCCUUCUACUCCUUUCAUCCCUCCAUCCCUCCCUCCCUCCUUCAUUCUCCCCUCUCCGCAGCAUGUCCCUUUGCCUGUAGACGUACACUGCUCUCUGUUGGGCUGGUUCAGAUGGGUCUCAAUGUCAUCGCUAAUGUCUCAGCAUGGCCACUGCAGCUCUGUCUCCCUGUGUGUGUGUGUGUGUGUAUUGGAUUCCUUAGGCUUCUCUCGGCUGGUUGUCACUGUUAAUAUAACAUAGUGCCCGCAGCGGGCUGCCUAUGCGCAGUGCAUUAACCCUAACCCUCCCUCUUUCUCUGCUUCUCUCUCUCCCCUCCCUUAUUGCUCUCUCUCAUCCCUCCUCUCCUUUCCCCUCUGUCUUCACCCACUCUCUCUCAUUUUCUCUCUCUCUUUCCCCAUCUCUUUCUCUCUCUCCCAGUGAUAAUCAGUGCUUGUGUCUGUCUGCUCAGUGACAGUGUGUGUUUGCAUUAAAGACUCUAUCUGCUUUUCUCUCUCAAUGUCCCACUUUUUUCCUGCUUUUUCUCUCUCAAUGUGUGUUCAACAGUGUGUGGGGCUAACGCAGGUGCACAGGGUCCAUUUCCACUUAAAUAGCUCUCUCUUUCUCCCCCCCUCUCUUUGAGCUUCUGCCUCUGCUUAUUUGUCUUUAUAUCAGUUAUCUCUCUCUCUCUCCUCUCUCUCUCCUCUCUCUCUCUCUCUCUCUCUCUCUCUCUCUCUCUCUCGCUCUCUCGCUCUCUCGCUCUCUCGCUCUCUCGCUCUCUCGCUCUCUCUCUCUCUCUCUCCCUCCUCUCCAAUUCACUGGAGGUUUAUUGGCAUCCGGGCUGGAUUGUUUUGCCAAGCCAUUACAGUUCAAAAUUCAAUGAAGGCACAAUUCUCAAAAUGUGCUUUCACUCUGUCUCCUCCACUCCCUCUCUCCCUGCCUCACUUUAUAACAAUUUUUCCUUCCUCUGUCCUUAUCUUUUCUACCCUAUACAUUUCUCCCCCUCCCCCUUCUCCCAUUCUGUUAGUCCCUCUCUCCCCUUUCUCUUCCUGUAUCUGUCAGCAUUUCACUUAACCCUGUUUCCCCUAUCUCACCCCCUUAAAACCUUCUUCACCCUGUUUCUCCCUUCCUCAGCAAUUGUGGCAUUGUUGGACUGAUCUACUGCACUCUCUUCCUCCCUCUCUCCAUCCAUCCCUCCCUAUCUCUCUUGCUUUCUCUCCUUCUCUCUCUCUCUCUCCCUACACCCCUGCUGUUACUAUAUCUCUUAUCUCCCCAGGCCCUGAUUUUACCAAAAUAUGUCUGCCUCUCUUUUUUCUCUGCCCCCCCCAUCCCCAUCACUUCCUUCUCUCCCCCCAUCCCCCAACCCGCAUCACUUCCCUCUCUCGCCCCCCUCCCCCAUCACUUCCCUCUCCCCCAUCCCCAUCACUUCCCUCUCUCCCCCAUCCCCCAUCCCCCAUCACUUCCCUCUCCCCCCAUCCCCCAUCACUUCCCUCUCCCCUCCAUCCCCCAUCACUUCCCUCUCUCCCCCAUCCCCCAUCACUUCCCUCUCCCCAUCCCCCUCACUUCCCUCUCCCCCAUCCCCAUCACUUCCCCUCUCCCCCAUCCCCCAUCACUUCCCUACUUCCCCCCAUCCCCCAUCACUUCCCCGCUCUCCCCCCCGUUUCCUUUCUCCCCUUCUCAACACUGCAUCCAUUCUUUCUCUUUCUCUCCCUCCCUCCCUCCCCCCCCCCCCCCACCCCCCCUCUCCUCUCUCUCUCUCUCUCUCUCUCCCUCUCUAACCCCUCCUUCCCUAUCUCCCCAGACUCUGCUGCUUUUAAUAACAUAUGUCAGCGUUUAACCUCUCCCAUUUUCCCUCAGGUGUGUUUGCUCUUUAGACCCCCUCCAUUCUCUCUGUCUCAACCCCCCACUGUCAUAUUGUCUCUCCCUCCUUCAUUUCGUCUGUCAUUAGUAUGUCUGUCAUAAACACAGCAGUAACAUCAGCUCUUACUUCUCUCUCCCUCCUCCGUUCUCUUCCUGUCUUCUCUCCCACCUCCUUACUCCUGGCCUGCCCAUCUCUCUCCCCCUCCUUACUUCCUCCCUGCCCGUCCUCGCCCUCCUCCAUACACCUGUUCUUCCUCUCCUCCGCCUUAUUCGCUCCUGCCUUCUCUCCCUCCUCCUUACUCCUCCUGCCUUCUCUCCCUCCUCCUUACUCCUCCUGCCUUCUCUCCCUCCUCCGUACUCCUCCUCUAUUCUCUCCCUCCCCCCUUUUUUGCCUUCUUUCCCCCUUUCCCUUUUCUCCCUCCUCCUUCUACUCCUGUCUCUUCCCUCCUCCUACUCCCUGCUUCUCCCUCUCAUACUCCCCUGCCUUCUCUCCCUCCUCCUCCUCCCCCUGUCUUCUCUCCCUCCUCCUUACUCCUCCUGCCUUCUCUCCCUCCUCCUUACUCCUUCUUCUCCUCCUCUUACUUUCCUGUCUUCUCUCCCUUCCUCCUUACUCUCCUGCUUCUCUCCUCCUCCUUAUUUUCCUCCUGUCUUCUCUCCUCCUCCUUACCCUGUGCCUUCUCUCCCUCUCCUUACUCCUCCCUUUUUCUCCCCCUUCCUCCUUAUUCCCCCUGCCUUCUCUCCCCCCUCCUUAAUCCCCUGUCUUCUCUCCCCCUCCUUGUCCCCUGUUUCUUCUCUCCUCCUCCGCCUCCUCCUGUCUUCUCUCCCUCCUUCCUCCUUCCUGGCCUUUCUCCCUCCUUUUAGUCCUCCUGCCUUCUUUCCCUCCUCCGUACUCCUCCUGUCUUCUCUCCCUCCACCUUAGUCCUCCUGCCUUCUCUCCCUCCUCCUUACUCCUCCUGUCUUCUCUCCCUCCUCCUUACUCUUCCUGUCUUCUCUCCCUCCUCCUUACUCCUAUCCUAUAACCCUCACCUCACUAGUUAGUAUAGCUUUGUCUUUCCCCUAUAGGAAAGUAUUGUUACUCCCUCUCUCUCUCUCUCUCUCUCUCUCUCUCUCUCUCUCUCUCUCUCUCUCUCUCUCUCUCUCUCUCUCUCUCUCUCUCUCUCUCUCUCUCUCUCUCCUCUCUCUCUCUCUCUAUUUUUCCCUUCACCUUCCCCCUCUCUGUCUCCCUUGACCUUUAUAUCACUACCGUAUAUAUGUCUGACUCCCCCUUUCCUCCUCCUCCCCUCCCCCACUCCUCCAGGUAGACUGCUGUACUGCCCCCCUCCCACUCUUUCUCCCCGUCUCCCCUUACCCCUUAUCUCACUAUGUACCCGUGUAUCUCCCCUCUCCUCCUCCCCUGUAUUCCACUCCACCAGGUACGUCUGCUCUACUGUUCCCAGGAGGAGGCCGAGCUGGUGUUUAAAGCAGCCUGGGCUGCGGGUCAGGCUGGACCCUCUCACAUGUGGUUCGCUGUGGGGCCAGCCCUGUCCGGCCUGGGCAUGGAGGGCCUCCCCAGGGCCCUGUUCGCCGUGCGUCCGCAGGGCUGGAAGGACAAGCCCCGCAUGAGGAUCGCCAGAGGCGUGUCCAUACUGACCCACGGGGCGGUGGCACUGCGCCGCGACUACGGGGCCUCGGGAGGGCCAAACUUUGUCAGCAACUGCAUGACGGAAGCCAAUCAGACACACAGGGUGCGGGGGAGGAUGAGGUGAGGGGGGAGGAGGGAUGGAUGGAGAGCGGGAAAGGGGGAGCAUGGGAGGUGGUUGGGGUGAGGGUAAAGAGGACAAGCCCCUACAUAGGGCAGCACGUAGCCUAGCUGUUAAGAGCGUCGGGCCAGUAACCGAAAGGUCGUUGGUUCGAUUCCCUGAGCCAACUAGGUGAAAAAUCUGUCGAUGUGCCCUUGAGCAAGGCACCUACUUGCUCCUGUAAGUCACUCUGGAUAAGAGUGUCUCCUAAAUGACUAAAAUGUACAAAUGUAAAAAAAAUUGGAUUAGGUAUGUAAAUAGAAGAUACAGCCAAAUGGUUCCAAAAGGAGAAGAUAAAGAACAGGAAAAGCAACCGAUGACAGAUAGCACCUUAGGUACUGCUGCCUGCUGUUCACUGGCUGGAACUGCAUCCUGCUAGGAUUCUCUCUGAUGAUCUAUUGUCAUAUGAGCUGAAUACACCGGGAUGACAUGAUGAUGGAACAGUCAUAAAAACUGCCUUGUCUUGUUAACAAAAUAAGUUAAGAUUGUGCAAGGCCCACGGGGAUACAGGUGUGUCACUUCAAAGAUCGACACUGACAAUGUGUGAUCAUCUGAAUGUGUAGCUCAUUAAGAGAUAAAGCUCUGUCCGUCAACAGACAGGUGAUAGUAUUUAACACUAACUCUAAGCCACCAUAGAUCAAAAUAUGUGUUUCUUACUGUAUCAGAAACCACUCUAAUGUUUGGUAAAUGUCUGACAAAUUGUGG